AUGGCUAAUCUAUCCGACAAUAUCAUUAAAGUCUUUCUUACCAAGCAAAGUCUUGCUUUAAAAGAUUCUGAUAUUAGUCUUUCACUUGUUGCCCAAGGCGUGCAAUGUUACAAAGAAGAAGUUCGUCGUCAUGUACAGUCACUUAGUCCAGCAUUAUUUCAAUUAUCAAUUAAUAAAGAUAAUACAACGGGAAUACGUGUUGAUCCAGCAAUUGAUAUUUGUGAUAAUUUUCUUGCUGGUCGUUGUCAUAACACAGUAAAGAAAUGUGAUAAACUUCAUUUAUGUCGUGAAUUUGGUCAUUGUAAAAUUCCAAAAUGUCGUUUUCCGCAUGAUUUUAAUCAUGGUCAAAAUUUACGAAUAGUUCAACAAAUGAAUUGUGCAGAUAUUAAUUGUGAAUUACUUGUUAAAUUAAUUCAAUUGAAAAAGUCUUCGGAACGAAAAUUUGGUUCUACAGAAUCUUUAUCGAAAACUCGAAAUUCAAUUGUUGAUAAUAGAGAUCUAUCGAAAGAGGCUGACAUAAAUAAACAAAUCGACGUAAGUUUUCCGUCAAUACUUUUUGCUAAACAAAUCGAUAUGGAAAUUGUUGAAAUGAUUUUGUGUCAAAAAAAUAUUCAAAUUGAAAAAAAAUUUAAAGAAUGUGAAAAUGAAUAUUUUCGUCGAACUACUUUGCAAUUAGAAGAAAAGUGUGAUGUCGAUGAAUUACUUGCUACACCUAUUCUUACGCAUGAUCAUGUUGAUUUGAAAUUUAAACGUACAAAACAAUUAACUGAUAGAACAUGCUUUGUUUUAAAGAUACUCGUGAAUGAUCAACAAAAUAAAGUAGACGAAAAUCGAGUAAAAUUAUAUAUUUCUCUACUGAUUGGAAAUGGUAUUUCCCAUAGAAUCUUUAAUCUUUCCGUACUUGAUGAAAAAGCUUAUCUUGUUCAAUGUAAUAAUGACAUCGAUUUUGAUCGAAUUCGUCAACAAUAUGAAACACGACGGCAAUUGCAAGGCAGAGAUGUAACAUUGAUGCAAAUACAUGAAUAUGAUACUGCUAGCGUUUAUUAUAUUGAUGAACAUAAGACUAUGAAAUAUGAUGAUCUGGAAAAAAUUUUACAAUCUGUUCGAAAAUAUGUUUUUACAUUUCAAUUAGUCAAUGAAUAUUGUGCUGAAGUAGAAUUUAUAAAUUCUGGUGCUUUGAAAGAAUGGAUGUCAGUCAUUGAAAAAGUAAAAGAUAAAUAUCAUAUAAAUGUCGAACCAAUUAUUCAAGAGGUUGUCGAUGGAAACUAUACGGAACACAGCAGCAGCACAACGGAAAACAUUCCAUUUAGUUUUGAUAAACAAAAUUUAGUUUCGAUUACACUUCGUUCCGAUUGGUCGAUGGUAGCUGCUCAUCCUGUGUUUCAAUUGGAAUAUAAAGAUUAUAUACGUAUGCAACUUGGUGGUGAAAUUAAUAUCAAUCAGAACGAAGUAACUUAUACAGGAGACUUGCCACGUUUACCACGUGCUUCAAAUAAUACAGCUAUUCUUGCGAAUAAAACAAAUAAUUUCAUGCAAACAUUCAAAUAUCAAAAACUGCGAGAUUUAAAACCACAUCAUGUUAAUAUUCUUCGAGCUAAUUCCAAUAUUGUGGCAUUUUCUUGUACAGAAAGAAAUGAUUAUAUGAUUGCAGCAAAACCACAAGAUCUAUUUGAAUUAAGGGGUAAACUUUUCCCGAAAACAAAUCAAAAUUUUCAAGCUGAACGUAGAAAUCCACCAAGAAAUUAUCAACCGGAUAACAGAUCACUACCAGUGCCUCUUAUGCAACUAGGAAUAGUCGAACCACCUAGUAGUACUCUUCCUGUUGCGAAACCAGCUAGUACUUCGUCUAUUUUUCCUCUUACGAAAGCAGAAGAAAUGAAUAUGUUUUUAAUAAACAAAUUUGAAGAACGUUUACAAGAACAUUUAAAAGAAACAUACAAUGUGAAUAUAAUCAUUGAACGACACGCCGUUAAUGAUAAAGUAAAAGGCGAAAAGACUCGUAUUCGUAUUAAAUUAACUGGCGAAAUGAAUGAUGUAGACAGUGCACUUAAUGAUUUAUCGAAUUUAUUUUCGUCAUUACGCACACGAGAAUUCAAUGAUCAAACUGAUGGCAAUUGGACAAAGAUUGAAGAAGUAGUUGAUCUUAUUCAACAUCAUUUUGCAUUAAUUAAUCUCCGUGCGAUAUGUCAAAGAAUUUCACCAACACGUUUACAUGUUUAUUUUUUUGAUGUAACAAAUCCUCAAUUUGGCAUUGACGAGCAAAAAAUAGAUGAUAUAAUUAAUAAUCAAUUUAGUUUAGCCACGAUAAUUCAUAAUCAACAAUUAGCAUCAGUAAAAUUUAUUAAAGAAUGGACAGAUUUAGAAGAAAAAAUUCGUAAACAAGAUAAUUAUAAAAAAGACAUUUGCUUCUCUAGAGAAACUGAUUCGUUCUAUUUGUUUGGCUUAACAAAAUUAGUUAAAGAAUUGCGGCAAGCGUUUGAACAGCUCAAAAAUAAAUAUAUUCCACAAGCAUGCAAAAUCAAUCUUUCAGACAAACAGCUCAAUUUCCUCCGUUACGUAGCUAAAACUAAUUUGAACAAAAUUGAAAAACAAUAUAAAGGCGAUGGAUGUGAUAUUAGUUUAACGCGUCUUCAACAGCAUGGUCAUUUUCUUGCACCCGUUGAUAUGCAUUCUAGAAUUAAAGAUGCUCUUGAAGCAUUAGUACAAAUCACUGAAACUAAAUUUGAAAUUAGGAGCAAUGGUUUUGCAACACUUAUUAAUCAAGAACCCAAGCAUCUAUUCUCACUUGUUAAGGCAAAAUGUUAUCUUGUGCAAAACGUUCGAACACAACGUAGUCACAUCUCAGUGCCAAAAGCUCAAGCGGCUGAUCCUGAAGUUGUAGCACAAGCAUCUCAAAAUACUCGCAAUGCAAAUGCCACAAGCAUCGAUAUUGGUAAAUCAACAAUUACGAUUGCAUCUGGUGAUUUAACAGCGCAAAACGUCGAUGUCGUCGUUGUUUGUUCAACAUCCGAAAUACUUUGUCGAGCAAUUAUUACUGCAGCUGGUCCUCAAGUAAAAGCUGAAUACAGUGCCUUACAAGCAGAUGGGCAACAACAUAAAGCGACAUCGAAUGGUUUACUACCAUGCAAGAAAAUUCUAUUCAUUCCAUGGCGAGGAGAUCAAUCAGAUUUGCCUUCUCUAAAGAAAACUCUUGGUAAAUUUGUUUCUACGGCGAUUAAAUAUGCAUUUGAAAAUGGACAUACAUCUCUGGCAUUUCCAAGUGUUGGCUGUGGAAAAUUAGGUUUCGAUCCAUCGACUAUUGCUCAGCAUAUGAUUGAUGAAACCGAAGCACAGCUGAUCAGUAAUAAGAGUACGCUGAAUGUAUCUUUCAUACUUGUACGAGAGCAACAAAAUGUAUACGAUGCAUUUGUUAAAUAUCUUAAUACGAUUCAAAGAAGUGUAAUACAACAAAGUCCAAAAUCGAAUACUAAUCAACAUUUAAAGAUCCCGUAUGAUGAAAAAAUUAUUGAAAUAACAUUAAUUGGUUCGAAUAAUAAUCAAUUGGAUCAAUGUAAAAAUGAUAUUUUAGAAUUAGCCAAUUCAUGCCUAUUUAAAACACGAUUAACUGACAAACAGGAUAUGAUGGAUUGGCCACAGAAUACAAUAAAUACAUAUUAUGAUCAUUGUUUAACACAACAUGUUGUACCUACACUUAAUUUUAAUACACUUUCAAUUGAAUUAGUCGGGCCAAAAGAUGCGGUUCGUGAAGCAGAAAAACAUUUCUACGAAUUAACAACUGAAACACUCAAGGAAGCACGUAUACAUGCUAUAUCACGUGGUAUUAUUUGGUCAGUUGAAGUCACACCGAAUUCUGAUACUUGGGAACAAUAUUCAUUUAAAUUGAAUGGACUUAUCGAAGAUGCUUAUUUGAAAAAACUUGUGCACUAUGAUUUUGUUAAUGAUAAACAAGAACGAUGUCGGAUAGUAUUUUCUAAACUGGAAGAAUCCCAUGGAACCGAUGUGCGACGUAUACGGCGUAAAGUUGUAGAUUCAUUAUUACCGGAUACAUGGGAGCCUUCGGAUCAAAAUUGUAAAAGAGUUGUAUUACAAUCUUCAUCAAAAGAAUAUCAAGAUGUCUUGCAACAAUUUAAUGCUACUAUGCGAGGUCAAUAUGCACAAAUUAUCAGAAUUGAACGUAUUCAAAAUGAACGCUGGUUUAAGCAGUAUGCUGCUCAUCGUGAUGAUUUUAAACAGCGUUAUAAAACAUUAGACGAACGAUCACUUUUUCAUGGUUGCGAUGGUACUGCAGCUAAUCAAAUCGUUCAGGAAUGCUUUAAUCGUGCAUUUGCUGGUGUUCACGGUGUCGUAUACGGCUGUGGUGUAUAUUUCCAUUCCCAUGCAAGUUAUAGUCAUUCAUAUGCAAAACCGGACGGCUCAGGACAGCGAACGAUGUUCAUAGCGCGUGUUCUGAUCGGUAAAACCUGCCGUGGUAAUCAAGGAAUGAAAACACCACCAUCCGGUCACGAUACAACUACGGAUGGACAGCAUAUUUUUGUUGUAUAUCAUGAUGCCGGUGCCUAUGCUGAUCAUCUUAUUACAUACCAAUAG